AUGCUUCAUAAGAUUGUGGAUGUUCUAAGUGGCCAUGAUGAGAACAAGAACAUGAUGAGUGGAAAAGUGGUUUUGAUGAAGAAAAAUGUGUUGGAUUUUAAUGAUUUUAGUGCUUCUAUUAUUGAUAAUAUUCAUGAGUUUUUGGGGAAGAAGGUUUCUCUCCAACUUGUAAGUGAUGUUAAGCUUGAUUCUGGCAAUGGCAUGAAAGGAAAACUUGGGAAGCCUGCAUAUUUGGAAGACUGGAUUACCACAAACACAUCAUUGACAGCAGGCGAAUCGACAUUCAAAGUUGCAUUUGAUUCGGACGAUGUCGGUGAUAUUGGAACACCAGGAGCAUUUCUAAUCAAGAAUAAUCAUCAUAGUGAAUUCUACUUAAAAAGCUUGACACUAGAAAAUGUUCCAGGCCAAGGUGUUAUUCAUUUUAUUUGCAACUCUUGGGUAUACCCUGCACAAAAAUAUCAAAAGGAUCGAGUUUUCUUCGCGAACAAGACGUAUCGUCUAAGUGAAACGCCGAAGGGACUUGUUAAGUAUAGAGAAGAAGAACUAGAGACUUUAAGAGGGAAUGGAAAUAAUGUGCAACUCGAAGAAUGGGAUAGAGUUUAUGAUUACGCGUACUAUAAUGAUUUGGCUGAUCCUGAUAAAGGUUCAGAAUAUGUUCGUCCGGUUCUUGGAGGGUCUAGCGAAUAUCCUUACCCUCGGAGAGGAAGGACUAGUAGACCGCCUGCCAAGUCAGAUGCUAAUAGUGAGAGUAGAUUGAAGCUUGCGAUGAGCUUAGACAUCUAUGUUCCGAGGGAUGAAAGAUUUGGUCAUAUCAAAUUGGCUGAUUUUCUGGCUUAUGCAUUGAAAGCCAUUGCUCAAGUUAUCCAACCUGAACUGGAAGCUCUAUUUGACAACACUCCUAAUGAGUUUGAUACCUUUGAAGAUGUGCUUAAACUCUAUGAGGGUGGGAUUAAGGUGCCCGAGGGCGUUCUUAAGGUAAUUAGAGAUAAAAUCCCUGCAGAGAUACUCAAAGAAAUUCUUAGAACGGAUGGUGAAAGAUUGCUCAAAUAUCCCGUUCCUCAAGUGAUUAAAGAGGAUAAAUCUGCAUGGAGAACCGACGAGGAAUUCGCUAGAGAAAUGCUGGCUGGUGUAAAUCCUGUCAUAAUCCAUUGCCUGCAGGAAUUCCCACCAAAAUCUAAUCUAGAUCCUAAAAUCUAUGGCGAUCAAUCUAGUACAAUAAAGAAAGAACACGUCGAGAGCAACCUGGAUGGACUCACAAUUGACGAGGCAAUUGCGCAAAAGAAGGUGUUUAUAUUGGAUCACCAUGACGCGCUUAUGCCAUACUUGAGAAGAAUAAACUCAACUACUACGAAGACUUACGCUAGCAGGACGAUCCUAUUCUUGCAAAACAACGGAACUUUGAAGCCACUGGUCAUUGAACUGAGCUUGCCACAUCCCGAAGAAGAUCAAAAGGGUGCCAUUAGUGAAGUCUACAUUCCUGCAGAAAAUGGCGUCGAAAAUUCCAUCUGGCAGUUGGCUAAAGCUUAUGUAGCAGUAAAUGACUCUGGCUAUCACCAACUUAUCAGCCACUGGUUGCAUACUCAUGCGGCGAUUGAGCCAUUCGUUAUAUCUGCAAACAGGCAACUUAGCGUGCUUCACCCGAUUCAUAAACUAUUGUAUCCUCACUUCCGCGACACAAUGAAUAUAAAUGCACUCGCGCGUCAAAUCCUCAUCAAUGCAGGUGGCAUUCUAGAGGCCACAGUUUUUCCAGCCAAGUAUUCGAUGGAGAUGUCAUCCGCGCUUUAUAAAGACUGGACUUUCCCCGAACAAGCACUACCCGUAGAUCUUAUCAAAAGAGGAAUGGCUAUUGAAGAUUCAUCGUCACCGCAUGGUCUUCGACUAUUGAUCAACGAUUACCCUUACGCGGUUGACGGGCUAGAGAUUUGGUUUGCCAUCAAUACAUGGGUUCAAGACUAUUGUUCCUUCUACUACAAGACUGAUGAAACAGUGAAAAAAGAUGUAGAACUACAAUCUUGGUGGAAGGAGUUAAUCGAAAAAGGCCACGGUGACAAGAAAGACGAGGCGUGGUGGCCAAAGAUGCAAACAGUUAAAGAGUUGAUUGACACUUGCACAAUCAUUAUAUGGAUUGCUUCUGCUCUACACGCAGCUGUAAACUUCGGACAAUAUCCUUAUGCAGGUUACUUGCCAAACAGGCCAACGAUAAGUCGAAAGUUCAUGCCUGAGAAAGGAACUGAAGAUUAUGAUGAACUCGUGGCGAAUCCUGAUAAGGCUUUCUUGAAAACAAUCACAGCGCAAUUGCAGACACUCGUUGGCAUUUCGCUUAUAGAGCUAUUGUCUACACAUUCUUCUGAUGAGGUCUAUCUUGGACAAAGAGAUGCUGAGAAUUGGACAAAUGAUGCUGAGGCUUUGGAAGCAUUUGAGAGAUUUGGAAAGAAGUUGAAGGAGAUUGAAGAGAGGAUUGUAGCUAUGAAUGGUGAUGUUAGUUUGAAAAAUAGAGUUGGAGAAGUUAAAGUUCCAUACACUUUGCUUUAUCCUACUGGUGAAAAUGGAUUAAGUGGUAAAGGCAUUCCCAAUAGUGUAUCCAUAUGA